AUGGAUAUCCCAAUCUCCCAAAUUAAGCCAGCCUAUCCGCCCAAUCCCCCAAACCCAACACAAGAAGAACCCGCAAUCCAAUCCACCAUCAACGCCCUACAUCUCUGCGCACACCCAGAAGGUGGCUACUUCUGCGAGACGGAUCGUGAUCCACGCAGAGUUCCAAACCCUUACAAAGAGCCAGCAACCUCGGCCACAGCCGAAGACACAGAUCCCGAAACCCGUUCUGCUUGCACCUCAAUCUACUACCUCCUCACGCCGCAGCGCCCACAGGGCGCUUUCCACCGUAAUAAGAGUCGCACGGUGCACGUCUGGCAAAGGGGACGUGGGCGGUACGUUAUUAUCCAUGCGGACGAGGUAGAUGGCAGUGUUGAGAAUGCCAAGGCGCGGGUUGAGACGUUCGUUGUUGGGCCCAAUGUUGAGGCUGGGGAGCGGAUGCAGUGGGUUGUUGAAGGGGGGAUGUAUAAGUCUUCUUUUUUGUUACCGGAUGAGCCUGAGGGAGAGACUUCUUCGGGGUUGUUGAUUAGUGAGGUUGUUGUCCCAGGCUUCGAGUUCGCAGACCAUGAUUUCCUGCGUAAAGAGAGAAUGGAGGAACUCCUGACUGCCGAGCAAGUCCAGGAAUUGGACUGGAUGCUUAGAACCGAGAAGUGA